CCCCGUCAGCAGGCUGGGGCGCAAGUCCUUCCGAAAUCAAGGGCCAAGACAUCCUUGAAUAUCGAACCUGCCGGUCUGCGAUGCAGUAUUGAAGCGAGAACCGGAAGUGGGAGCUGCGAGUCAUCAGCCUUCGAUCUCCAACGUUGGCGACGCAGUGCCGGAGCACCGUUCGCAGUCCGACGUGGACCGAGUUUCGAGCCGGUUCCGCCAAGGCGUGGCCUGCCGCAACCCACCGUCUUUUCUCGCAGUGUGAGGGACCCCGUCGUUGAAACAAGACAAUCGGCGAUCUUCACGAAAACAGAUCUGAGAGUAUUCCUCAUUCCCAAACUCAAAAUGGGUCACGACUGUCCAGUGUGCGGCAAGAAGAAUGAGUCCGCGUCCAAGCUGACUGUGCACCUGCGGACCCACACGGGGGAGAAGCCUUUUGAGUGCACAGUUUGCACCAGAAAGUUCGCCCAAGGUGGCCACCUAAGAGCGCAUCUCCGGUCCCACACAGGAGACAAGCCCUUUGAGUGCACGGUUUGCAACAGGAAGUUCAUCGGUAGUGGUGACCUCAGAAAGCAUCUCCGAAACCACACUGGGGACAAGCCUUUUGAGUGCACAGUUUGCAACAGAAAGUUCACCCAAGGUGGCGACCUCAGAGCGCAUCUGCGGACCCACACAGGAGACAAGCCCUUUGAGUGCACGGUUUGCAACAGAAAGUUCACCACAGGUGGCAAUCUCAGAGUGCAUCUCCGGACCCACACAGGAGACAAGCCCUUUGAGUGCACGGUUUGCAACAAGAAGUUCGCCGAAAGUUGCAACCUCAGAGUGCAUCUCCGGACCCACACAGGAGACAAGCCCUUUGAGUGCACGGUCUGCAACAAGAAGUUCACCAUAAGUGGCAGCCUGAGAAUGCAUCUCCGGAUCCACACAGGAGGCAAGCCUUUUGAGUGCACGGUUUGCAACAGGAAGUUUAGCCAAGGUGGCAGCCUCAGAAAGCAUCUCCGGACCCACACAGGAGACAAGCCUUUUGAGUGCACGGUUUGCAACAAGAAGUUCAUCGAAAGUUGCAACCUCAGAAAGCAUCUGCGGAUCCACACAGGAGACAAGCCCUUUGAGUGCACGGUCUGCAACAAGAAGUUCACCACAAGUGGCAGCCUGAGAAUGCAUCUCCGGAUCCACACAGGCGACAAGCGCUUUGAGUGCACGGUUUGCAGCAAGAGGUUCAGGCAAAACUCUCAUCUGAAAAAGCACCUGCGAACCCACACUGAAGGAAACGAUUUGAUCGUCGAGUUGGCAAAUAGGAGUUAAGUCAAGAUGACAGCAGUGUCAACUGCGGACUCUCGUUGAGGAAAAACGGCAGGCUGUAUUUUUCCGGAAGACGAUUACUCAGCGGCAGGCCUAAGUGUACCGGUUGAGACUGCUCAUGAGGCGCACAACUUAUAUAUUAAGUACCAAUUUGUUCAAAGGAGGACACCAACUAUCUCCGUGUUAAUUUCUUGUCUGUUUACAAAAUUAUAGUGUUUUUUUUUUUCAUUUGUAGGAGUUAAGUGGGAAGUCAUUUAGAACAAUAUGACUCGGCUGUGUAGGUCUUCGAUCCUCAUUUGAAGAUGAUUAUAUUUCCAAUUCGUAUACAUGACAAUAUUUGAUUUUGACAUUCCGUCUCUGAAAUAAGACUCGUUUGUUUGAAGCACGCUUCCGUCGAUCAUUGGAAGAUGGCAUUGAUUUAAUCUUGUUAACAUAACAUAAGCGUUGUAUCAAUGUCUCUCAGCUGCACGUUUCACAUAUUUUCCAUGUUUCUUGCCUUUGGUGGAGACUUUUUUGUACUGUUUGUACCUCUCUGUUGAAUAAAGAAGUAUUAUUGACGUGUCCAUUAUUCAGAUAAAGCUAAAGUAAUAUCUUGAGAGAAAGCCCAUUUCUACACCGUCCCAAAUCACAUACUG